UCUGUAACUCAGUCGAACAUCGGACCUGUCCUAACGGGCAACUUAAAUAAACAAAUCCUUCUCAUCAUCAGUCUAAAGUACAACUUAUGCAACUUCAAUAGCAGAACAAUCACAGGAGUUAUUCAAGUAAAAGAGAUGGUGGUGUUACAAAUCGCUCUGCUGUUCUGUGUUGGCAGCUCAAUUGCAGAGGACUUAUUUUCACCAAAUGUGAACAUAAUUACUGAACUUGAGAAGCUGAAAAACAUGGAGGAAAGGAUUCAAAAAUUAGAAGAUACACUGUCCAAAGUACUACGUGAAAAUGAAGCUUUGAAAACCUUACUGCAAGAUUCUCAAAAUAAGAUGGAAAAUUUCCAAAAGGACAAUAAAGUCAACAAGGUGGCCUUCUCAGCUGGGCUUCUUGCAUCUGGAGAAGGAAACACUGGACCCAUUAAUUCAGAUCAAAUUCUGAUCUACAAAAAAGUCUUCAGUAAUGUUGGAAAUGCUUAUGACUUAAAUACUGGUAUUUUCACAGCACCAGUGAAAGGAGUCUAUUAUUUCAGAUUUUAUGGUCAUUGUCACGGUGGAACCACAAUGGCAAUCAGUUUACAAAAAAAUGGUGUAACCCAGUGCUCUGUGUUUGCUUAUAAACCUACAUUCAAUGCCAAUGGCAGCAAUGGUGUUGUUCUCACACUGGAGCCCGGUGAUCAAAUGUAUACAAAGCUUUACAGCAACACCUGGGUUUUUGAUGAUCCGGGAAGUUACACUAGUUUCAGUGGUUUUCUGAUCUUUCCCUUGUGAACGUCUAUAUAAAUACAUAAUUAUACAAAUACAAAUAAUUGGAAAAACAACAGUUUGACUAAUCCUAAAUAUUACUAUUUAAAAACUAAAUAAAAACUAUUUCCAUCUGUUUAAAAAAAGAAAAAGCACAAUUUAAUUUAAUAUUUUAUUGAAAUGAUCCUGUAGAAUUAUUCUGAAACAGGGCAAUAUAAAAAGACAGGUAAAUACAAACAUAGAUGCUCACUGGAAGCUUCGGUGACUCUGUAAAGGAGUCACUGUAAAGUUUCCCCCUUUUUAAAAUACAAAUUUUAACUUUGCUCACAGAAAGAAAAAAAAAAACUCACCAGAGACAAAAGGGCAAACAAGGAAGAAGCCA